UCCCUCGGGAAAGCUUUUACAGAUUGAAUAUGCACUGAAGGCAGCUGACUAUGGAGCGCCCUCUGUUGGCAUUAAAGCCUCAAACGGGGUCGUUCUGGCCGUUGAGAAGAAGUUUACGUCAGAGUUAAUUGACGAAGCGACUGUAUCUCGUAUCGAACCCGUUACUAAAAACGUGGGCAUGGUCUACAGUGGCUUAUCGCCGGACUAUCGUGUGUUAGUCAAGCAAGCGCGAAAGCUUGCCCAAGGUUAUCAAUUAGCCUAUGAUGAUUCGAUUUCACCGGAGCAGCUAGUUAUUCGGAUUGCAGCUGUAAUGCAAGAAUACACACAGUCAGGGUACGUUCUCAAACUUUUGUCUUGA